GAGGAGUUCCUCAUUACAAGGCUUGUGCGCUUUGUUCCGAGUGAAUCCAUUCUAGCAAGAAUAAAACUUCUGUGAAGACCAUCUCGGCAGCGUGAUGAAGACUUGUGUGGUCCUUGCUCUCUUUCUGAUGGCAGGUGUGUCUCUUGGAGACAUCCAGAAGAGAAUCACUGGUGGCAGGCCGUGCACCAAGGCUGAGUCCAAACAUUUUGUUUUCUUGGAGAUAAAAAACCCAGUAACUGGCAAAACUUUCAUUUGUUCUGGUUCCGUCGUUGGGAAUGGACACUGGAUUCUCACUGCAAAACACUGCGAUGCAUUUGGAACGAUUGGCAGAAUCUUCAGAAGGUUCGUCAUUAAGGACAUCACCUUAGGGACAGAAACCACGAACAACAUCCAUAAACACCCGACUGCUGAUGUCAUGCUGAUCAAAGUGAACACCAAAUUGACUCCCAUCCCCUUCAGCUCUGACGCUGACUGCCUCUUCAUCUCAAACCAAUUAGUGGCCAAGAAAUCUGUGACGAUGCUGUUUGUUGCUCGGGACACCAAAGCGGGUCCAGAUACAGUCAUGUGUGCAGACAUCGAGGUGAACGGAUGUGUUUCUGCGAGUCAGUCACCUGAAUGGUGUUUCUACGGGGAUCCUGUCGGCUGUCAGUUCUGUGGGGGGGAUUCUGGUGCAGGAUAUAUUUAUAAUAACGCUCUGUCUAUAGUUGAAAAAGGAUCUGGAACCACUAGUGGAGGCAAAAAAGUCGAAUUUGGACACACGGUCUGUGAUCCAAAAAUGCGUAAAUGGAUUGAUGAUACCAUGAAAAAGCCCUAGCCCUAAAAGAGUCCCAGUUUGUUUGUGAGCAACAAUAAAGAGACGUCAGGUCUCCUUAAGAGCAUAAAA